AUGUCGUCCUUCCUCGGCGUGUCGCACAGAACGGGGGAGGGACACGCGCCCGAAGGCCGGAGAUGCGCCACCGGUGGAACGCGAGGCGACGGCGGCUGCAUCCCAGUCCCGGCAGGCGACGCCCUGCCAGCUUCCGUGUCGCCAGCGUCCUCUUCCGCGUCUCCAGCGGCGUCCUCCGCGGCGUCGGGGAGUGCUGAGGAGUGCGGCGCUUCUCUGGGGUCGCAGAACCCAGCGCAUGGAAGCCUCGCGUCUUCUUUUCCACUUCUGCCACCUUUCCUGUCUUCCUCCUUCCUCUUUCCGUGGAGGCCGCCGGCGGACGACGGGAGGCACCGCGCGAUGUCGGGCGAAGAACGUGCGCAAGACACCAUUCCAGCGGUGUCGCGGUGUCUCUUCAGCUCCGAACGCUUCGCUUUCUCGCUGGAAUCCGCCGUCUCUUUUCCGUCCUCUCCGCCCCGAGAAGGGGGGGGAGAGCCUGACGAUGAGGGCGCCAGGGACGAGGCCGAAGAGGCCGCGUGCGCUCGAAAAGCAGACGCCUCCGGAGGAGACUCCGAGCCUGAAACUACGCGGGAGGCAACGGGGGACGGGCAUUGGUCCAAAAAGCGAGACACCGCGCCUGCCACGACCGCUGCUUCCCACCUCCCCAGCGCGAGCUCGCACGCGCUGAACAGACACCUCGGCACCCCCGGCGAUUACUGCGUUCCCGCAGCUUUUCCGCAGGAGUCCGCCUCAGACAGGUCUCUCUCGCCGCAGCUUCCAGCUGCGCGCGUGGACGAAGCGGCUUGCGAACAAAAGGAUGACGCCUUCGGCAGCGCCUCGGCCUCAGGCGAGCCGAGCGACCCGCGCGCAGGCGGAGGCGCGGGCCUGCAGACUCGCCUCUGUCGACGUGAGGCAUCUUCUGCCUCCCACACGCGGGCGGAGGAGCGAGGCGAGGAGGCUCGUGCAGACUCACAGCCUGCGCAGGAGACGCCGGUUAGCGCGGAGACGAACGCCGAAAGCCAGGUCGACAGAGGGGCGGCGUCGGGGGAGAUAAGGCGCGACGCGGCGCUUCGCGGAGACCAAGACGCGCAGCCAGGAGGCGGUCAGAAAGACGUGCAAACAGGCACUUCAGUGCGUGGCGUUCCAGCUGACGAUGCAGCUGCAGAAGGCGGCGCGAGUGCUCCGCGUGAAGGCGCGAAGGAGAAGAAAGGGCUGGAGCGCCAGAGAGGCGACGGGGGGGCUGAACAAGGUUUAGGGUCGCAGCGCUGCGGCUGCGCGGAAAGCCCAGGGGGAAGGCAUGUGGCGGCCGCGGACGUGCUGCUGUCGUCGUCUUCCUUCUGUUCCUCUCACUCUUCUCUCUCUCCGCUUUCGCUGGAUGCCUCCACGGAAGGCGCCGCGAACGGGGCGGCUGAGGAAUACGAUCGCUACGGAUUUCGCGUCAGUGACAGCGAGCGACUUGGAGUCACAGCUCGCGAAUACUCGCUCAAAAUUCAACCCGAAACGCGCACAAGAGAUGAGAGAUGGAGUGCCUUUGUCCUGCGUGACCCGACACUCUCGGACAGGCAGACUCUGAAGCGCUUGGUCCGCAGUGGCGUUCCGGACUCGCUCAGGCAAGAAGUGUGGUCUCGGUGUCUAGGCAGCUGGGCGCUCCGGGAGCAGCGCCCGAUCCUUUUUGAAGAACUGACGCAGAGGCCGCUGCCGAAGAACGCCGCGGAGCAAAUCGAGCUAGAUCUCCGGCGCACGUUUCCAAGCAACAAACGAGUGCGCGCGGAAGCUGCAGGAAUCGCAGAUCUGCGGCGGGUGCUCCACGCUUUCGCCACGUACAAGCCGAAGGUGAACUACUGCCAAUCGAUGAACUUUCUGGCAGCCACGCUGCUGCUCUUCAUGCCGGAGGACCUCGCCUUUUGGUCGCUCGUUCAGCUGAUUGACUCGGAAGUUCCCGGCAAAGGGCUGACGCUUGAGAGUUACUACACGCCGGGGAUGGACGGUUUGCGGCGCGACCUGAAGGUGCUGGACAUGCUCCUAGCAAAAAGACUCCCCAGAGUGGUGCGGACGUUGAGGCGCACGCAAGUCGAUCUCGAUUGCCUGUGCGCGGAGUGGUUUCUGUCGCUCUACUCCAGCUCUCUCCCGAUUUAUACGACGUUUCGGAUCUGGGACGCGCUCGCUUUGGAAGGCCACAAAAUUUUGUUUCGAGUCGCGCUCGCCAUCUUCAGCAUGCACGAAGAAGAAUUCGCGAGCCUCACCUCCCUGGAGGAGGUGAUGACGUUUUUGCGGCGGAUGACGCGACACCUGGUGGCGCGCAACGAGUUGAUGACAGUGGCGUUCACGGGAUUGGGGCGUCUCUCUCGCCGCGAGGUCGCGCGGCUGCAGCUGCGCGCGGCUGCGCAGGUUCAGGCGGAGAACCGCGCGCACGAAGAGCGGCGGCGGGCUUAUUCGCGGGCUUACUCGGCGGCAGGAGGGGGGCAGGGGAGGGAUGCGGCGGCGCGGGCGCGGCCUCGCGUGCAGGAGGAGACGGUGAGCGACGCCGGCGCCUGCUCCGAGGCCGCGUCCUCGUCGCCGCCGGGCGCUGGCGAGGGGCGCCUCCCCCGCGGACUCGCCGCGGCGCCCUGGGCUGCUCGCUGGACGCGCUUCGCAGACCUCGCCUCGCGCUGGCGAGGCAGGGCGGACAGACCUGCGAGGCAUUCCCGGUUUCCGCUCUUUGCGCGGCCGCGACAGGCGGCCCCCGUCCCGCGCUCGCGGUCUGACGCAGGGCUGGCGAGCCACGCGGCGCGGCGCGAGAACGUGAAAACUCUGGCGGCUGCGGAGGAGCUCGCCGCGAAGCUGCGGAGGAGACUCUUCUUUCGGCACAGAGGCGCGCCGCCGGGAGAGGAAGCGGAGUCGCGCGACGACGCUUCAGACCCGGCGGGCAGCCAGCGCGGCAAGCGCGAGGUGGCCGUCGACGCGGCGAACGAGGGAGGCUCACGCGGCAGACAGAACCCGCGAGAGAGCGAACCGCAGCCGCGGCAGCGCGACGCAGGCGAGCGGCAGGCGACGAGGAAGAAGAGGCUCACGCUGGGCGCAGGAAAGCGUGGCGAGCGGCCGACGCGGUGGAGGCUGCGGGACAGGCGACUCGCCGGCUCAGGCAGCGGAAACCGAAGAGAGAAAAUUGGAAAAAGGGAAUGA